AUGAAGCUGGCCCUGCCUCUGCUGCUGGUCACCCUGGCCCUUUGCUGCCCCGACGCCAAUGCAGGGGAAGUUUGUCCAGCCCUUAAUUCGCUGACGUACAGCUUUAUGUUGGGGCCCAUAGAGGAAUACCAGCGGAAGAUUAAUAAGUUGGAUGCACCUGCAGAAGCCAUUCAGGCCAUAAUGAAUGUGAAGACAUGCGUAGACGAGAUUCCCGGAACGUACCGAUUGGCAGCGGCCCGCUUUGUGCAGAUUGUUGAAAACAAGUGUAAGAAGCAGUCUGCGUAA